AUGGCUCACCACGGAUCCAUGGCCAAAAUGGGAAACCUCGAUCGUGGUUUCAGAACCGUUAGGAAAUCUUCGUCGGAUGACCAUCUUACAUCCCCAAGUCCGUUGCGUGGCGGCGGAGUGUCUAACAUCCAUCUAGCUCUCGGACCACGGAAUCACCGACGCAAAACGGCCUCUGAUGACGGGACGCCAAAAUCUACGAAUUCAUCGGCUUUUCUUGUUGGCUCGAGUGUUGAAGAUGAUAUUUUCACCGAAGUAUCGUCUGAAACUCCAGCCAAGGAAUCCAUGGCUAACAACGAAACACAACUCCAAGUGUUCGAAGCGCCCCCGGUAAAGGUCGAUGCUCAGGUCAUCUACCCAGGCACUGCCUGCAUGUUCGUUGCAAAUCUAUCCCAACCUUACGAGGAUAAGGUUCUCGAGUUCGAAGUUACCAAGGCCUUUAGCCAAUUUGGAGAGGUCUGGGUGAAAAUCAAGAGAGAUAAUUUUCACAUGCCUUUCGCGUUUUGUCAAUUCACUAAUGAUCACGAUGCUCAGAAGGCAGAAAAGUUUGGCAAAGGAAUGAAAAUUCUUGGCCGGGCUUGUCGCACUGAGAUGGCUCGGGCCCAGUCCUCUUUCCUUGUCUCAAAGAAAAGUGGCAUGCCAACCACAAUUGCUGAGGCUACAACGCUUCUCAGCCAGCUUGGCGAAGUCGCAAAGGCUGAGUUUGCAGACGAGGGAAUCCAACGAUCUCUUGGUGUUCCACCACCUGUCCUCGUCACAUACAAAAUGUAUGAUUCUAGGCGUGAACCAGUCAGAUACUUUGCUCAGAACCAAACCUAUCUAGUCAUAGCAAACAAUCCAAAACGGCACAAUGAGAUUGUGCCUUCUGCGUCCAAGUGGGACGGCGGCGAUGCACUCAUGCAAAGAUACGACAAGGAUCGUCGUUCCGCAUAUGUCGGGAACCUCCCUUCCGACAUGACUGAGGACGCUCUUCGCGCUCUCGCAAGCUCCAGUGGAGAGGUUCUGGGCAUUCAGAUAUACAAGAGGGAGAUUCCAGGCAAACCCGGGCAAACGAAUUGCUUUGCAUUUGUCGAGUUUGCAAGGCCAGACGGGGCAGAUGACCUGAUCACAACUAUGAACAGCACAGAAAUUGAGGGCAAGUCCAUUCGAGUGGAGCGUAAGCAUUCUCGAACGUUUGAGACUCCACGACGUGAAGCUGGGCACAGGAGCUGCUGGUCGACUCUCCCGAGACGCCGCACUCCCAGUUCAUUCACGCUGGCUCAAACUGCAAAUAUUGAUGAUAAUUCAUCACCAAUGAAAUUCACUGAAUCUCAGCAUCGCUCCACAGCCUACAACAAGUCAUUUUCUUAUGGGCAGAGACGCCCGCGCCAGACCAUCUUCAAUAGUGACACGUCUGUUGGCAAAGCCAUGUCCUCGCUCAAUCUUGAGCAAGCUCCGGCAAAGGUUAAUGAUACAGCUCAAGAUGUUCAGCUCAGCGGACGCCAACGUAGAGUUGGAGCUUCCGAAUCUCCAACUAAGAAGUCCGUUGAGUUCGAACUACCCAACGAAAAUCGCUCCGGAAAUUGCCCGGCCACUCCCACAAUCACUACGGCAAACGGCGAUCAGCACGUGGCAGGCCCGGUCAUUUCGGACAAUGAUUCCGGCGCUCAGGCAGCUGUCAACACUGUUCCAGCCCACCAACACCCGAUCUCGCCAGGUGUUAUGAUGCCGCCCUCUUUUGGUUGGACGCCAUUCUAUCAGCCGUUUCCACAAGGUUAUCAGUACAUGGCGGGACCAUUCACUCCUCAUCAGUCAGGGAAUGAAGGUAUAGUGCCAUCAUAUAUGACCCCUCAAUAUCCUGCUCACCCGAUGUUUUAUAAUAACAUGAUGAUGCCAACGCCUCCUAUGAUGGCUCCUCCUCCAACUCCUACGGGACAAUUUCGUGGUUCGGAUCACCACAAGGGACAUGGCCGAGGGUCCAAUGAACAAAACUCUUCCCAGUAA